AUGUUUCAUGUUCCUGACUACCAACAGAACCUAUCUCUAAGACUGUCUGAGGUCCUUGAUGAUAUUGCUGUUAAUGAGGAAAUGGUACUCAAGCGGAGAAAGGCAGUUCUACUGGACGAAACUAUGAUGAUAAUUACAUACAGGCCUAAAGACAAGAGGUCCAUUUACAGGUUUGGCAGCACUUCUGAGGGAUCAACAACAGAAGGACUUCGUUCAGAUGCAGACUUUCUAUGUUGUGAUCAUGAUUAUAAUGUGAUACAGGACUAUGCAGAAUGGAAACAUGGCUUCACUAAUCUACUGAUGAUCCAGAAUAGUAACACAUCACCUGGUUACUGCCUUCUACAACAGAUCAGAGAUGAUGUACCUCUUCCUGCUACACGUGUUCUAGAUAAGAACCAUGUUAGAGAUGCAAGUGGAAGAGUGUUGUUACAGAAUACUUGCUUCAGAGAUGGAAUGCCUGUAGAUGCUGUACAACAUGGUCCAUCAUGGUCUAAACAGGGAGCACCUGGAAUGUCAGACACUGACCUUGUGCUUGCUCUCCAUUGUAAUUCAUUGCCCUAUACAGCAAGAGCCUGGUUAGAUAGACAAGGGAUAGUAAGAUGGCCCACUGCAGACAUGAAGAGAUUUGCAAUAAGUAGUGGAUGUUUUGUUGUUCCUGUUGGAAGUAAAGUUAGCCAGAGUCCAGAGCUUGAGUGGAGAAUUUCUACCUCACAGGCAGAGAGAUGUUUAAUGUUUAGUUUAAACAUUACACAAAUACGCUGUUAUGUGUUGAUGAAAAUGAUUCUGAAAACAUUUCUUCAUCAUGCUGGUGAAGGUCAAAUUACAAGUUUUAUGUGUAAAACAGUUCUGUUACAUUGUAUUGAAAACACACAUUCCAAAGCAUGGCAAGAAAAUAAUUUAUUCACAUGUUUAUCAUGUUGUUUACAUGUACUAUGCAACUGUUUACAACAAGAAAACUGCCCACAUUUCAUUACACCUGGAAACAACCUGAUGGCAGGACAGUUUUCACGUGAAGUCAGAGAAAUGUUGCUGGACAGUAUGUUUCACAUAACACAAACUGUUGGACAAGCAUUGCUUGGGGUCCACAUUGAUGAACUCGGUCAAAGACUACAGAUCAAACUGAACAUGUUAUAUCAGAUAGCAGGAAAUACUAAAAAGGAAAACUGUCUCAGCAUUUCAGGAGCAUUAUUACAAAACACAGCUAGGGCAAUCACUUCAUGUAGUAGUAUAAUGUUAUCAAAAACAAUUCAAAACAGUCCUGUAACAACUGUACAGAACCUGCUUAAUGUAUUAGUAAAUUAUGAGAGAUGUUACAGACAAGGAAGUUAG